AUUAUUUUUAACCUUAACGUGAUAAAUGAAAUGAACUCAUGUUCAUGAUGACGUAGCUUCAACCUACCUCGCAAUUUUUCAGAGAAUUUGUUUUUUUGAACUUUUAUUAAGAUAAAAUAUUCAAGUUCUUUUAUUUCACGCAUUCUGUACCGAUAAAGAGAUUUUGCCUUUCUGUUACCGUAAAAGAUAACGCUACCCUAGUGAUCAUACAUUACUAAUUCGCGCUUCGAUAGUUGAACAGUUCAUCAGUAUUCUUAUUAAUUAUUAAUUAAAUAAUAAACAUUUUAUUUUAUUAUAAAAAUGAAGAUUUUACUGUGGAUUCUAGUUUCGGCUUGUUUAGCAGUUGUAGUCAUCUCAAUUUCGGAAGAUCACCAAAAGCUCAAGGACAAGAGAAAAAAGGCUGUUGAAGAAUGCAGAAAGGAAAAUCCAAAUGCAACUGAAGAGGAUUUCAGCGCAUUAAAAGUUAAAGAUGAUCCAAAAACUGAAAUCCAACACUGCCUUUUCCAAUGUGUUUAUGAAAAAGUAGGAAUCUUGAAAGACGGAAAGCUCAAUAAGGAUGAAAUUAACAAAGUGACUGAUAUAAGAAAUAAACACAACGAAACUUUGUUCAAAGAGGAAGACUAUUUAUCUCGAUGGUGCCAAGCAGAAGUUGAAAAAAAUUAUGCAAAGAUUGGUAAAUGUGGAGUUGCAAACGCGUAUCAUUCGUGUGUUGGGAAAUUAAGAGCAACUCGGAAAUCACAUUUGUCAGGUUAAUACCAAUCUCUGUUUCGGACAUUUUUAAAAUGAAUACUCUGCUGUGAACAAGAAUCUCGAGGAAUUGAAGAAAAAUUCGUUCGAUGUGAUUCCUAUACUUUGAUGAAUAUUUUUUUAUGGAACUUUCAUUAUGAACUUAUUGAUAUAAGUAUUGAAUAAGUAUACCUACAUAUUUUAUUAUCUUUGCCAAUAAGCUGUGCUCAUUUAUUGAUAAAACGCUAACCUAUUAAAAUAA